GUUGUGUUGUUGAAUCGAGUGCGGCCUUGCUUGGCCGGUCGUCGCCAUGGGCAAGACUAACUUCCAGUAUGAUGAGACGGGCAACACGUAUUACUACGUGUUCCUGACCUUCUUGGGCUUCGUGCUCUUCCCGUCCACGUACUACUUUUGGCCGAAGACUGAACAGGAAGACCCCGAGAAGCGCCGCAAAUAUGUCCAGGCCCAAGCCCGUGACACGGUCUACUACUAUGCGUGCAUGGAAAAGGCCGAGCGUAUGACCCAGAAGGACCCUUGGGUUCAGACCCGCCGACGCAUCACCAUGUUGGUCCUCAUGGCCGGAUGGGUCGUGUUCGCCAUGGUCAUCUACCAGAUCUCGCAGUUCGACUACGAAAUGGCCAACUUCGACCCUUACGAAAUCCUGCAGGUCAGCUUUGACGCCACCGCCAAGGAGAUCAAGAAGAAGUACCGCGAGCUGUCGCUCAUCUACCAUCCCGACAAGCCCACCGGCAACGAGAAGCUCUUCAUGAAACUGACCAAGGCCUACGACGCCCUCACCGACGAGACGGCCAAGUACAAUUGGGAGCACUACGGCAAUCCCGACGGACCUCAAGCCAUGCAAUUUGGCAUUGGUUUACCGGCCUGGAUCGUGGAGGAGAAGAACUCGAUAUGGGUGUUGGGCGUGUACACGCUCAUCUUCAUGAUCUGCCUGCCCACGGCCGUGUACUAUUGGUGGUCGAACUCGAUCAAGUUCUCGGGCGAGCAAGUGCUCCUGGACACCACGCAACUUUACUACUACUUCUUUCACAAGAGUCCACAAAUGAUGCUAAAACGGGUGCUCAUGGUCUUGGCCGCCAGUUUGGAGUUUGAGCGCGGGCACAACUCCGAGAUUGUGGAACGCCCCACAGACAAUGUCGAGAUCCCGCAGCUCAUGAAAUACCUGCCUAACUUGGGCAUCAACAACAAGGAGAAGCCCCUCUGCUUCGGCUACUCGGUCAAGGCCCGGGCUCUACUGUUCGCUCACUUGUCGCGAAUUUCGUUGCCACCUAACACGCUCCAUCAGGAUCGGUUGUACAUCAUCAAGCGCUGUCCGUUUCUCAUCCACGAGAUGGUCACGUGCGUGUCCCAGUUGAUCCUCUUAGCUCAUGCCGGCCGUAUUGGUCGCUGGCCUACCUUAGAUACCAUCGAGAACGCCAUGAAACUCAGUCCCAUGGUGGUGCAAGCCCUGUGGGAGCGCAGCAGUCCCCUGCUGCAGCUUCCUCAUGUUGAGGAAGACAUGCUCAAGUACUUUCACUCCCGUAAACGGAACAUCAAGACCCUCCAACAAUUGGCCAAAACUAAGGAUGAAGACCGCCGCUCGGUUCUCCGUGGUCUAACGGAUGACCAAUACCGUGAUGUGAUCCGUGUCUUGGCUUCUAUGCCGAUAAUUUCCCUGGACAUCACCACUGAGGUUGUUGACGACGAGGCUCAGCAUGUCGUGACAGCGGGUGCCAUCGUUACCGUCACCGUGCUCCUGAAACGAAAGAAAAUGGAAACCCUCAUGUCGGGUUCUGUGGCUUUAGACGGGCCAGAAGAUGCCGAGGACCCAGAAAUGGACGAAGACCCUGAAGAUCUCGUGGAAUUGCACAAACCUGAGGACGACGAUGCCCCUCAAGAUGAGAAUGGGAAGCCCCCCACCAAGGCUAAGAGUACGCCAGUGUGGAAGAAACAGGACAAGAAGAAGAAAGGCGGCAAAAAGGGCGGUUCCAAACCCAAGCAAAAGAAACCCAAAACCAACAAACCCAGUACUGACGGCAAUGGCGAAGAGGCCACAGGCGCUCAGGAAAAGGCUAGUGAAAAUUCGAGCAAGUCUCUUGCCAAAGCACAAUCAUCUUCAUCGAAAAAACGACGGAAGAACGAGGCUGAUGAUGGAAGCGGCAGCGACAGGGAAUCUGGUUCAAACUCAGACAGUGAUGAUCCCGAGAAAAAUGACCCGCCAAGCCGCCAAUCUAACGCCGAUGAAGACGACGAAGAAGAUGAAGAGGCGGAGUGGGAAAAGUUUCAAAAGAAGAUCAACAAGCGAGAAAAAGUCUUGGAAGGCAAGAGUAAAGAGUCUCAUUCGGCUCACUGCCCGUACUUCACUGACGAUAAGCAGGAAUUCUGGUGGGUCUACAUAGCAGAUCGCAAGGCUCACGCACUCAUCACACCACCCAAUCAUGUCACUUCGUUAGUGAAUCAAGAGGAGGUGGAAUUGAAAUUCUCCGCCCCUCCCAAGCCAGGCACAUACACGUUCAUGGUUUGCGUCCGCUCAGACUCAUACCUGGGUUACGAUAUCAACGAGGAAAUCAAAUUGGACGUUCAAGAAGCUCAUAAAGCACCCACCGAACAUCCUCAGUGGGAAUUUGAGGACGACGAUGAGGAGGCCUCUGGUAAGGAAGAGGACAGCGAGGACGAAUUCGCCACUGAUGACGAAUACGACGAGGAGGACGAGGAGUAAUCCGCGUCACAAUGUCACAUCCCACUCGAGCAUUGCAUUUAGUAGCCCAUCGGGCCGAUGUGGAGAUGGCCUUUACCCAUCAGCUCUUCGCGUCCAGCUACUUCCUAUCUUUAUAAGUAUGCGUCUCUUGAUCCUCGCACGCCACUUUCUCGCACCGAACGUGCGUGCACCCGUUGCCCUUGACUGGCUACGGUGGCCGACGCUUGGUGCCCUAGUUGGCCAUGGACUCGCCCGAUCGAACUUUUUCUAUUCUCCAUUUGAAUGGCAGUGGUAGUGGGUGUCUCGUGCUGCGACUAGUAAUUGUUUCUUUAACCUGUUAUCCGGAGGGAAAAUGAAUGAACAUGCAUCAACGAUGUUCCUGCAAUAUUUUUAUGAAUGGAAUAAUAAGUUUCCCACCUCUUGA